UCUGCUUUGCUAUGUGGGUCCAGCCAGACAAGAUGUCUCGACUGUGCAUGUGCAUGCUGAUCUUAGCGCUGGCCCUGGCGACCUUCUCCGAAGCUUCUUGGAUGCCCCACUCACAGCUACAGGAUGCACCUUCUGGAGCAGGAACCAACAGGGGCCUGGAGCCUCACCGGCUGGUCCAGUUGGACCCAGCCUCUCACCACCGAAGGCAGGUGGGGCCCCAGGGUCCCCCAUACUUCACAGCAGACCUGUCCAAGAAGCAUGGGCCACGUAUGGAGGAAGAGGAAGAGGCCUACGGAUGGAUGGACUUCGGCCGUCGCAGUACGGAGGAAGGUGAUCAGCAUCCCUAGCACCAACCCUCCAGAGUCCAGCCACCACCACC